AAUACUUGGCAGAGAAGGUUAUAAUUAUUUUUUAUUCGUUUUUCCAAAGUGAGGGGGGGGAUCGGAGGUUCUUGCCAAGGAUGGACUAUUUCGCACACUUGCCGGAGGGCUGCAUAUCCGAAAUCCUUUCGCUCGCGUCGCCGGAGGAUACCGCGAGAUUAUCGGCGGUGUCGAAGGGGUUCAAGGCGGCGGCCGAAUCGGACUCUGUUUGGGACAGAUUUCUUCCGCCACGUCUCACCGAUAUCAUCUCAAGAUCGGUGUCUCCGGUGGUGUAUUCCAGCAAGAAAGAGCUUUACUUCACUCUCUGCAACUCUCCCAUUCUCCUUGACGACGGAGCCAAACUGAGCUUUUCACUUGAUCCAAGGAGUGGGAAGAAGUGCUUUCUGAUAGCAGCAAGACAACUACAGAUUUUUUGGGGACUCGGUGACGGUAGCUGCCAAUGGGAAUCUCUCCCUGACUCCAGUAAGGGCAGGUUCUCAGAGGUGGCUGUUAUCCGGAAAAUCAUCUGGCUUGAUAUUCGGGGCAAGAUCGCAACCAACAUGCUCUCUGCAACCACAAAUUACGCAGCUUAUCUAGUGUUCAGAUUCGCAGGCAGCGCUUAUGGCCUUCAAUUAUCAAAAGCGUUAGUUAGAUUGGUUAGUCAAGAGAGCGAGGAGGAUGAUGCACAAAAUGGAGCUGAUAAUCUGGUCCAUCUAUUUAACCGUAGUACUCGCCGGGAGAGAAGUGACGGAUGGAUGGAGGUGGAAAUGGGUAGCUUUUACAACGACGCCGGAGACGACGGCGAUGUGGAAGCGCAGUUCACUGAGCUCUGGCCCUUCGAAUGGAAGAGGGUUCUCAUUGUUCAAGGCUUUGAGUUCCGCCCUAAAUGACAAAAAACUGGCUACCCUCUGAUACAAUAUGGUCUUGCUUAAUACACGGAGUAUUCAUUAAAAAGAUUGUGAUAAAUAUUCAUGUGGGUCGUUAUCAUUUAAUUUGUCUCCUUGCUGUGUGAAAAAUAGAGUAUAAGUAGAAGGGAAAAUUGUCAAAUUGACCCUGCAUAGUGCAAUUCAGUCUUCUAAAUAUUAAAAAAAAAAGUUUUAUUAAAAUUCUCUAAA